UAAAUCCUGUGGGUUCUUUCUUCUCUGGAUUAUUGUGCAUUUUUCUUCUUUGCUUCGUCGCUGUGGUCGUGUUUGCUCGCCGUUUGGACUGCCAUCUCUGCCCAGUCAAGCGCCAGUGCAGCUCCAUUCCACCAUGUGGGCUACAAUCAUUCUAUUGUGGCUUUGUGUCUGGUUCAUCAUCCUUCAGUUCAAAUGUCGGAGGCCCAAGAACUUUCCCCCAGGACCGACCGCUCUGCCACUGCUGGGAAACAUUUUACAGAUGAGCCUGGAUAACCCACUGAAGGACUUUGAGAGGCUGAGGAAGACUUAUGGAAAUGUCUACAGUUUAUACCUCGGUCCAAAACCACUUGUAAUGAUCAAUGGGAUGAAGGCAAUGAAGGAGGCCCUCGUGACCAGAGCUUCAGAUUUUGCUGGACGACCCCAAGACCUGUUUGUAAAUCACACCACAGAGGGGACAGGAGUGAUUCUGGCAGACUAUGGCCCCGUUUGGAGGGAUCACCGUCGCUUUGCUCUGACGACCCUGAGAAACUUUGGUCUGGGGAAAACGUCUAUGGAGGACAGGAUUCAUGGAGAGCUUCAAUACACCAUAAAGGAACUGCAGGAAAACAAUGGCAAGACCCUGAGUCCCCAACAUAUGUUUCAUAACGUAUCCUCCAACAUCAUCUGCCAGGUUCUGUUUGGCAAACGCUACAAUUAUCAAGACAAGUUCAUGACAGAGAUAGUUAGGUGCUUUACAGAGAAUUCCAAAAUGGCGAAUGGACCAUGGGCUAUGCUGUAUGACUCACUUCCAAUGAUUCGCAGUUGGCCACUUCCCUUCAGAAAGGCCUUUGAAAAUGUCAAGACUGUUCAGAGAAUGGCAACUGAUUUGAUGGAGGCGCACAAGAAGAUCAGAGUUCCUAAAGAGCCGCAGGACUUUGUUGACUGUUAUAUGGAUGAACUUGAUAAGAGAGCCGAUCAAACGUCAUCCUUUUCCGAGGACCAACUCAGAGGGAACGCUCUAGAUCUUCACUUUGCUGGAACUGACACAACCUCCAACUCCCUGCUUUUUGGUAUCCUCUACCUCAUGGCCUACCCACACAUACAAGAGCGUUGUCAGCAAGAGAUAGACCAGGUGCUAGAAGAACACGAUCUGGCCACUUUUGAUGACAGACAUAAAAUGCCCUACGUGCAGGCUGUAAUCCAUGAAGUGCAGAGGAACGCCAACACUGUUCCACUCAGCGUCUUCCAUGCAACAACUAAAGACACAGAGCUCAUGGGAUAUUCCAUUCCCAAGGGGACAAUGAUCAUCCCGAACCUGUCUUCAGUACUCUGUGAAGAGGGAGAGUGGAAAUUCCCCCAUGACUUCAACCCUGAAAACUUCCUCAAUGAUGCGGGAGAGUUUGUCAAACCUGAAGCCUUCAUGCCCUUCUCUGCAGGUCCUCGCAUGUGUCUCGGAGAGGGUCUGGCUCGUAUGGAGCUCUUCCUCAUCACCGUGACUCUGCUGAGGAAGUUUAAGUUUAUUUGGCCCGAGGACGCCGGGGAACCAGACUUCACUCCGGUCUAUGGCGUCACUCUAUCUCCCAAACCUUACCGCAUGAAGGUCCAACUCAGAGCGACACAGUGAUGUGCUCUGCAGUCAGAAGCAUGGCAGGAAAAAUGAAGCAGAUGGUUCAGUUAUUCCUCAGAACAAAAAAAAUGUCCGUGGUUAAGAAUGUGCCCAGGAAACGUCUACAAGGUCAACAGCGUCUGUGUCAGGCAGUGGUGGUUCAUGGAUUUGGACCAUCAGCUAACAACAUGCUCACCAACAAAAACCAGAUAACAAUAUGCUAAGCUAACUAAGUUCAUAUAACAAUACUAAAUAUAUCUGUUUGUACGUCUCAAGAUGGUUAUGUUAAUGAAACUUACUUAACUGACAAAAUAAACGGCAUUAUUAACAAA